AUGUAUGUGAAAUGGUUUGAUACAGUAAUGUUUUACUAUGUGAUUUUAGUGAAUGUCACUUUUUGUCAUUUUCAAAUUUCCCGCUGUUCCGUCCCCCGUACGUCCCGACGCUCGCAGGGGACGGAACCCAGAUGACAGAUGCCGGCAUCCGCUGGAUUACAAUACCGGGGACACUGCAGGACGGACAUCGCGGGAGCGCAGGACAAGGUAAGUGAUCGAGGGAUCCCGGAGCAGCGCUGCAUGGUAUUCCCGAGUGUAGCUCGGGGUUACCGCUUGUGCUACACUCGGGAAUACCGCCAGGGAGGU